AUGGCCGCACAGAGCGAGCAGAAAGUGGCAGAGAUCAUCGUCGAAAGCAUUUACAAUGCCGGCGUCAAACUUGUCUUUGGGAUUCCUGGAGCCAAGGUGGACGCCAUCUUCGAUACGUUAACAGACCACCCAGAGAUCAAGUUGGUGGUUUGCAGACAUGAGCAGAAUGCGGCGUUCAUGGCCGCGGCUCUGGGCCGUAUUACUGGCAUUCCAGGUGUAUGCGUGGCUACUUCUGGACCUGGAGCAGGCAACUUGACGACCGGAUUGGUGACUGCAACGACCGAGGGAGAUCCAGUCGUCGCCAUUGUCGGAUCGGUGCCACGCCUCUUGAACACGAAGCACACACAUCAAUCGAUGAAGGCAUUGGAUAUCCUGAAGCCGACUUCCAAAUCUGCCACCAAUGUCGAUGUCGAAGAUCAAGCAGCCGAAGUCAUUCUGGCCAGUUUCCGAACCGCGAACGGCAAUCCAAAGGGCGCCUCUGUUGUUUCGAUUCCAAUGGACGUUGCGGGUGGAAAGUCCAAGAUCAGGGCGUUUCCUGGUCCUGCGUUCAAGGCUCCCAAUUACGGCCCAGCACCGAAGACUGAGGUGGAAAGAGUGGCGAAGUUGAUCGACAACGCGAAGCUCCCCGUCCUGUUCUUGGGGCAGAGGGCAUCGAGCACUAUUGUCGUGGAAGCUGUCCGAGAGUUCCUCAAGAGACACCCGAUUGCUGUAGUAGAGACCUUCCAGGCUGCUGGAGCCGUUCCUGAGUCUCUGGCAGAUCAAGUCUUCUUUGGCCGAGUUGGACUGUUCAGAAAUCAGACAGGAGACCGACUCCUCGCUAAGUCGGAUCUGAUAAUAACACUCGGCUACGAUCCCACAGAGUACGACGCGAGUUCUUGGAACCCAACUGGCGGCCUCAACCUCGUACAUGUCGACUACACGUCCUGCGACUAUGGAGCUUACUACCAUCCUGUGACAGAACUUCUUGGAUCUGUCAAAGAGAACAUUCUUGCUUUGGGCGAUGCAGUCACCAACGUCACGGAUCCCGCGAAAGACGAGUUCUGUCUGGGCCUGACUCGAGAGCUGAAGGCGUGGCAGAAAGAAUAUGAAAACUCCAAGGGAGGCAACGCAAGCCUGGUUCAACCACUUCAGUUCAUCUCGGCCCUUCAGAAGAGAGUUUCAAAGGAUACAACAGUCACUGUAGACGUCGGAACGGUGUACAUUUACAUGAUGCGCUACUUCUACGCAUACCAGCCACGCAAACUACUUUGCUCUAACGGACAGCAGACGUUGGGCGUUGGUAUGCCGUGGGCAAUCGCGGCCUCCUUAUCGCAAGAUCCACCAUGCUCGCAAAAGGUUGUGUCACUCAGUGGCGAUGGAGGCUUCAUGUUCUCAUCUCAGGAGCUGUCAACAGCUGUCUUGCAAGGCUGCAACAUCACCCACUUCAUCUGGAACGACGAGGCGUACAACAUGGUCGAGUUCCAAGAAGAGAUGAAGUACGGUCGAAGCAGUGGCAUCAACCUGGGUGGCGUGGAUUUCGUCAAGUAUGCGGAGAGUUUUGGUGGAAAGGGGUUCAGAAUCAACGAUUCUUCGCAAAUUGAGGAGGUCAUGGAUCAGACACUCGCACACAAGGGGUUGUCUUUGGUCGAUGUGAGGAUCGACUACUCGCAUGCCAAAGAUCUCGCCGCCAAUCUGAUCAAGGACAGCGUUGGUUGA